AUGAGUGCCAGUUUCAAUGAACUAUAUCAAAAAUUUAAAAAGACGCCUGCUUUAACUGCGGGACUAGUUGUUUUCACCUUCUUUUUAUGCGUUUUAAAGACCACAUUUGGAGUCACUUUUCAAAGCUUGAUCUUGUAUCCGAGAUCGCCCUUGGAUCUCAAUCUCAAUGCCAUCUCGCUUUAUAGCUUGGUCCAUAUUGGAUAUUUGCACUGGCUAUUCAAUAUUUUGUCAAUCUUCACACCUUUAGCCUUGUUUGAAAAAAGGCACGGAACUGUAUAUACCGGGAUCACAUUGAAUUUGUUGACUGUUAUUGCAGCCGUCCAAUAUUGUAUAGUGGGUCUUGUGUUUUACCCUGAAACAGGAGUUGCUGGAUUAUCCGGAAUUGCAUUUUCCUUCUUUGCUUAUAUGGCUUAUCAAGAGCACAAAUUUAAACCAGUAAUGGAAUCAUUUAAUAUCGGCUCAGUGGAGAUCAAGAUUUAUACCUUGUCCAUCCCAUUCAUUGUUGCUUUGGUGUUUAUGAUUAUCUUUCCAGCUAGUUCAUUACCAGGUCACCUAGCAGGUAUCUCGACCGGGUUUUUAUUGGCCAUGGGAUACAUCAAUAAGCUUUACCCACCAUCAAGUGUCAUAUUGAAGAUUGAACAAUGGGUAGCACCAGGAAUCAACCUUUUGGGACCUAUUGUCACAUAUUACAAGGAGGAAGAUGCAUUACAUGUGAGAAACGUGGGAUACACGCCUUUAUUGGUUGACGAUAUUGAGAGUCUGGCCACUGCUUCAUCUUCAAGUGGAAUAACUUCUGUUGGAGGUAACGUUCAAGCAAGUUCUGGCCUUGCUGUUCCACCUACUCGAGCAUCUCGCUCUUCAUCAUACGUAAGAGAAAGCAGGGUCUUAGGUGAAGCAUAG